AUGUACAUGUCUUCCAGUGAGGACUCUUUCUUUGACUCUCGAAUUGCCUGGAGCGACGACAAGGAUAUCAUUACUGCCAGCGUUGUGCGGGCACCGAACCGGGAUUCCGAGCAGCGCGAGAGCGGUUAUCGCAUGGACUACAGCAUCGAAGAAGGGAUGGCUGCUCACAUUGCCAUGUUCAUUCCCUCCGACCGCUCCGAGAGCAGUUCAGACUCCAUGCCGAAUCGCUUCCACGGCAGGAAGAGACGACACACAGCGGAUGCGGUGCUGUACCGCACCCUGGCGCUAUCCGACCAGGCCGAGAGUCGUCCCAGCCGUACGUUCCUCACGCCACAGGGCUUGAUAAUGCAGACUUCACAUGGCCUGCAGAUUCGUCGUAGAGCCGUCUCACUCGACAACAUCCGUAAACCCAGGCCGUUGACCUGGCCCGGAAAACCUGGUCCAGCCAUCGUGCCACACCAACCCCCUUAUCCUCCACCUCAUAGGAUGCCUACGCCUCCUGGACUCCCCUCGUUCGACACGCCCGAGGCCAUGUACUGCGCGAGUCAAUUUCUUCACGAACCUCGUGGCGGGAGAGCCGAUGCUCAGCACAGCGGAGACAACGUGAGACCUGGCUUCGGCUUCUACGUCAAUGCUAUCCGUGGAUUCUUCGGCUGGUCCACCCCUGUCGAUGCAUCGGCUACGUCGCCGCCAGAGCCAUAUGCAGGAAUUGGACGUGCUCAUGAUGGCACUAUCGUCCACGGCCGUUUUCCUUAUCGGCAGAGUGGACAUAACAUGAACAUGACUCGAAACAUUCAUGACCAUCCAUUUGCCCAGAACACCCUUCCUGGCACGGAGAACAACACAGCAACUUCCGCAGGUUGCCGGGGUGAAAAGGUCGAUGGGCCUCAUUUUCAGGAGCGACAACCCAUUGAUCCGCCAAGAGUACCUUGUCAGCGCUAUGGGCACCCUCUCACACAGUCUGCUUUCGCAUCGUCCAACCCUGCCGGUUUGCCGACCAGAGUAUCACCUUGCCGCACAACUGACAAUGACCAAACCAUAAACCAAGGGACUCGGGCUGCGACAUGGUCCACGUUCACAUCGAACUACUCCUCCGCUGAAAACAACAUGAACGCGAACCGAAGAUCGGGAGGUGAAAAUCUGGGCUCGAUGGCCGGUACUUUGUCCUCCUUUGGCUUGGGCAGCUGCCCUUCCUGUCUGGGAAGACCACGUUCUGGCCCGAGGCCUAGCUUUGAAACAACAGCCUUGCAAGCAACGCAUUCAUCUGAGUCUCAGCAAACCUAUACGACUGCACGCAGUCACCCAUCGAACGCAUCCCGGCAACCCGCGGGGACGACCACAGAGACGAUCGUGGGGACAGGGGAGUAUGGAUUUGGAGUGUCCAUGGCUUGGAGAGCGGCUGGGAGCUACUGGAAUUCUGUUUCGCAGUACGUCUGGUCUCGAUAUGGCUAUUAA